AUGUCGGCGAAAGAUACCGCCUUGAUUAAUGAAUCGCAGUAUACGAAUCAAACGAAUGAAUUGCAAACAACAACCCGCCACGAUUUGCAUAAUAGUCAACAUGAAAUUCCGGGGGCACUCGACCAGAACAAAGACAAUGCAAUUAUCUCGGGCUGUCUUCCGGAGUAUAAUAAUGUAAAUAAACCACCUAUAUGAUUAAUUGGGGGAAGCGAGGCGAUGGACGAACAAUAGUUAUAUCGACUUCAGACAUUACAGAUGCAUAUGAUGAAAUUACAACUUGGAAAAAGAAUGUUUUUCUAGUGCCAUACGGGAAAAUAGGAAGGGAUUUUAUCGAUCAAAUAACGAUGCAUAUAAACGACUGGAAUAGCGGUUCGAAAAAUCAACAUGUUUCCCUAAAAGCUGUUUUUGUACUUCUCGCCGUUGGGCUUCAAAAGCCAAACCCGAAGUCCAAGGCAAAGGACCAUCAAGAUGCCUUGUCAAAGCGACUUGCACUUUGGAAGGACGGUGAGAUCAGUAAGCUAAUACGUGAGGGACGAAUCAUACAAAGUCGUAUUGGAAAAUUUAAAGGAUCAAACCACCCCCCGAUAAAGCUAAAGUCUUUGCUAAGCUUCUGCUAGAAGGUCAAAUCAACUCAGCCCUUCGCUUCCUGAGUGAAACCACAAAUGGCGGCGUGUUAACGUUAACUGACGAUGUAAUGACGCAAUUAAAACAGAAGCAUCCUGAGCCACAACCAGCAAAGCUCGGAUCGGUAUUAUUUGGCCCGCUCAAUGACGAGAUACCCGAAUCUAUUUACUCACAGAUCAAUGGUGAGAUGGUUAGACAAGCCGCUUUGAGAACAAAAGGAUCCGGAGGCCCGUCUGGUGUCGAUGCUAACGGCUUUAGAAGAAUGUUGGCAUGUAAGUCCUUUAAGCAAUCAUCUACAAGACUGUGCGAAGCUAUAGCCAGAAUGACCAAGACUUUGUGCACACAAUAUAUCGAUCCUACCACUAUUGACGCAUUGAUUGCUAGUCGUUUAAUUCCCCUAGACAAAGGCGAAGGUGCGGUAAGACCUAUCGGAGUAGGAGAGGUAAUAAGGAGGAUAAGUGCAAAAUGUGUUAUGAGCUUUGCAAAGAAGGAUGUUGUGGAAGCAAGUGAAUCGUUACAAUUAUGCGCUGGGCAAAAGUCUGGAAGUCAGGCCGCAAUACAUGCAAUGAACACCCUGUUUGAAGCUGAUGACAUUGAUGCUGUUUUACUUAUCGAUGCUUCCAAUGCAUUCAAUGCACUCAACAGAACUGUGGCUCUGCAUAACAUCCGUGUGUUAUGUCCGAUAAUCGCUGCCUACGCUAUAAACACCUACAGACAGCCAGCUCGGCUGUUUAUUGUUGGCGGCAAAGAGAUUGCGUCAGCAGAAGGAACCACACAAGGAGAUCCUUUGGCAAUGGCCUUUUAUGCGAUAAGUACCCUGCCUUUGAUCACGAGUCUACAGGCCGCAUCUACCGUGAAGCAGUGUUGGUUCGCAGACGAUGCGAGUGGAGCUGGUCGUGUGACACAAAUCAAAGAUUGGUGGGAUGCAUUGAAUACUCUUGGUCCAAACUUGGGAUAUUUUCCGAAAGACGAGAAAUGCUGGAUUAUUGUUAAGCCCGAAAGGAAGAAAGUGUGAGAGAAGUCUUCCAUGGAACGGAUAUCAAUGUAACAGUGCAUGGGCAGAAACAUCUGGGAGCAGCGCUAGGUUCACGAGAGUAUCUGGAGGAAUAUGUUAAUGAGAAGGUCUCUAAUUGGGUCAACGAAGUGACAGAAUUAGCCGAAUUUGCACUGUCCCAACCACAAGCGUCCUAUGCCGCAUACACAUUUGGUUUGAAACAUCGUUGGACCCACUUCCUAAGAACCCUGCCAGACAUCCAGGACCUACUAGAGCCACUCGAAAAGGCAAUAUCGCAGAUUCUCAUCCCCGCUAUCACAGAUCACCAGUGCAAUCCACUCGAUCGGGACAUUCUAGCACUUCCAGCACGUCUGGGUGGCCUGGGCUUGGAAAAUCCAAGUCAUGAGGCAGAACGUCAGUAUGUGUCGUCAAAAAGAGUGACAGCACCCCUUGUUGAUCAGAUUGUAGCGCAGUUCCAUCAGCUACACGACGAGUCGCAUAUAAAAUCAGCGCAACAAGCCGUUAGAAAAGAAAGAGUGCAAGAGUUAGAGGAGAGGGCAGAGCGUAUUAGAGAGAGUGCACCACCAAGAAUUCAGCAUAUAUUAGAUAUGGCUUCGGAAAAAGGAUCAUCUGUGUGGCUCACAGUACUUCCCCCAAAAGAGCAGGGAUUCAACGUGAAUAAGAGAGAAUUUCGGGACGCCGUAAAGCUGCGCUAUGAUUGGCCAAUCGACGACAUCCCCUCCAUAUGUGUAUGUGGGGAUACCUUCACGGUCGACCAUGCCAUGAUCUGCAAACGUGGAGGCUUUGUAAUUAUGCGCCACAAUGAGUUAAGAGAUCUGGAAGCGGAACUCCUCAACAUUGUCUGUAGUGGGUUCUGGGAAAGUCAACGAUCAGCCUUUUUUGAUGUAAGGGUUUGUCAUCCCAAUGCUGAUUCGUACAAGGACCUGGAGCGACGCCAAGUCUACAAGAUACACGAAAGCGAGAAGAAGCGUCUAUAUGCAAGGAGAGUCCUCGAAAUAGAGCAAGGAACAUUUACGCCACUCGUAUUCACCACCGCAGGCGGUAUGGGCAAAGAAUGUGUGAGAUACCAUAGUAGAUUGGCAGAGUUGGUAGCCAUGAAGAAAGGCGAAGAUUAUGCGACACUAUGAGUUGGAUAAAAGCCAGAACCUCUUUCGCUUUAUUGAGAUCGGCAAUUACCUGCUUGAGGGGUUCAAGGGCAAGGAAAAUCAUGUGUGAUAUUAAGAACAUUGAUUUCAACAUUGAGAACGCCGAGAGUGCUACCUCUCAAACAUUUUAGAUUGUACAUAUACAAAGUUUAGUUAUUUUAGCGGAAUAUCUUUAGUUAUUUAGCUACUUAGCGGUAAAUAUUUUAAUUAUGUAGCGGUAUAUGUUCCAGAGUUUGUUUUUAAAAUUUAACUGUACAUAUCAACAAACAUUUAGACACUUUUUUAAUUAUACCCAAAGAACAGAUUAUUUAAUAUAGUCAUUGAUAACAAAAGAAUUAUUGUAUAUAAUGAAAUGAUGAAUAAAGUUGUAUUAUUAUUGUUAUUAUUAUCAUUAUUAUUAUUAUUAUUAUUAUUAUUAUUAUUAUUAUUAUUAUUAUUAUUAUUAUUAUUAUUAUUAUUAUUAUUAUUAUUAUUAUUAUUAUUAUUAUUAUUGUUAUUAUUAUUAUUAUUAUUAUUAUUAUUAUUAUUAUUAUUAUUAUUAUUAUUAUUAUUAUUGUUAUUAUUAUUAUUAUUAUUAUUAUUAUUAUUAUUAUUAUUAUUAUUAUUAUUAUUAUUAUUAUUAUUAUUAUUAUUAUUAUUAUUAUUAUUAGCCACCUACUUGUACCCCGUACCGAAACUGGUGAAUCUUUCCGCUACCUUGGUCGUUAUUUUAAUUUCAACAUGUCAGAUGAAAAACACCAAUCGGAUAUAUGUGACUUGUUUAAUAAUAUCAUAUCUAAAAUAGAUGAAUUACAUUUGCACCCCCGAAAUAAAAUCCUGCUAUACAGUCGCUACUUGCUCUCGAAAAUCUCAUGGGACUUCACAAUAACUGAUAUAUCUCAAACAUGGGUUUGCGAGACUUUGGACGGUAUUGCUACUAAAUAUAUACGAAAAUGGCUCGAACUGCCAAUAUCUGCAACUCUAAGCAAUGUCUAUCUCCCUUACAACAAAUUUGGUUUAAAUGUCAUUCUACCUUCAGCGAAGUUUAUACAGUGCCAAACUGUCUCACGCUUAGCUUUAAAGUCAUCGAUAAAUGAAAACAUACGUGAAUUAUGGUCAAUAACAAGCACCAAUAGGAACAUUCAGUACGACAUUUACUCAAACACAAAAGAUGUAUUGAAGGCAUUUAGACAAAAAAACGAACAGCGACUACAAAAUAACCUAAUGUCACAAGGUUCUUUUUUCUCAAACAUCGUGAAAAACUCCACGUUAACGUUGGCAUUCAAUUCCCUAUGAUCAUCGGUUCAUUCAAAACUUCCUAAGAACAUAUUUAACUUCAGUCUACGUUACAUCAACAAUUCUUUGCCUACUACAGUAGGAAAAACCUAGUUAAAUGGGGUCUGUCAUCAUCUGCUGACUGUUCGUUCUGCUUCUGCCCUGAAUCGCUUUUGCACGUAAUCUCUGGAUGUAAGACAUAUCUAAACGAAGGGAGAUAUACAUGGCGACAUGAUUUAGUUUUGAAUCUCGUUGCUCCAGCCUUCUCGACGUCGGAAGGUCCAAAAUGUAUGUAGAUCUGCCUGGAUUUAUUAGCCCAUCUGUCAUUACUGGUAACGAGUUACGACCAGACCUUCUACUGACAAUUGAAAAUAAGAUUUUGUACAUUCUUGAAUUAACUGUUGGAUUCGAAACAAACCUGAAAACUAACUCAGAUCGAAAACAUGAAAAAUAUUUGACUCUAAUUACCGAUCAAGAAAAUAUAUAUGAUGAAGUUAAUUUUGUUAAUGUAUCUAUAAGCUCUUUAUGUGUAAUUGGUGAAUCUACGAAUACUUUAUUUGAUAUGCUCCAUGAUCUGAAGUAUGACGAACAAUGUAUUAAAUAUGUAAAAAAGAAAAUAAUUGCUACUUGUAUUCGCACGUCUUAUUAUAUAUUCUGUAGACGAAACAAAGACUGGAACAACCCAAAACUUUUCAACUUUUAACUAAAUUGAAAAGAUUUUCACCUGUAUAUACAUUUUAGCUUUAUAUUCAAUUCAAGUGGACAUCGAUAAGCUACCUUUUAUUAAGUGAGGUUUAUCAAUGUAUAUAUAGUAUAUCGUAAAUAUCUAAUAAAAAGUUUCCAUUAUUAUUAUUUUUAUUAUUAUUAUUAUUAUUAUUUUUUCUCUUCAAUACUUACUGGUGAUACGUAUCGCCCGAUUUGUUAUUAUCGUGCUCAAAUGGUUCGUUAUAUGUGGUCGAACUCACCACUGGUUAUGAGACAAACCUCAAGAACAACGUAAAACGGAAGAGGGAUAAAUAUAGAGAAUUAUUGAGACAGCUAGGUAAAAAUUUUAACCACGUUAAAUUUAUAAAUCUCUCUAUCAGCUCUUUAGGUAUUUUUGCAGAAGAAUGUUCCACAUUUUUAGACAUGUUAGAAAGUAUUGGUCUUGACAAAAACCACCAAAUGUACUGCGUUGGGAAAAUGAUGACUAUUGCUAUUAGAACUACAUAAUAUUACAUUUUUUGCUGCCGAAAUAAGGAAUGGGAAAAUCCGGAUUUACUAACAAUUUGACUUAUCUGAUUGUAUAUACAUAUAUUGCAUGUACUUUGUUCUGUUAUUUUAGUUUAGUAUAGUUGUGAUUCAAAUAGCCAACCGUAAGUUACCUUUAUGAGAGAGAUUUACGAUUGUAUAUGUAUGUAAAGAAAAACAUUUAAUAAAGUUUCCAUUAUUAUUAUUUUUAUUAUUAUUAUUAUUAUUAUUAUUAUUAUUAUUAUUAUUAUUAUUAUUAUUAUUAUUAUUAUUUUUAUUAUAAUUAUAAUUAUUAUUAUUAUUAUUAUUAUUAUUAUUAUUAUUAUUAUUAUUAUUAUUAUUAUUACUUACCGUCUCUGCAACCCUUAGCAACGUGUUGCUUCCACAAAACAAAUUUGGUCUGAAUAUUAUUCUCCCUUCGACAAAAUUUAUCCAAUGUGAAACUGUCUCUCGAUCAGCUUUAAAAUACUCACCAAACGUAGAUAUUAACAAUCUAUGGGCGGUGACGAGAACCAACAAGAACGUACAGUAUGAUAUUUACAAAGACUCAAAAGACGUACUUAAGGCAGUUAGAAAAGAAAACGAACAAAGACUUCAAAACCACCUCAUUUCGCAAGGUUCUUUCUUUUCCAGUAUCAUGAAUCAUUCCACAUCCACAUUCAACUGUUUAUUGUCAUCCGUUCAGAGCAAACUUCCGAAAAACAUUUUUAACUUCACCAUCCGAUAUAUCAAUAACACACUUCCAACACGAAAAAACCUAUCAAAAUGGGGACUAUCAUCAACACCCGAUUGCUCUUUCUGCUCCUCACCUGAAACGCUGCUCCAUGUGAUUGCUGGAUGUAAGACAUAUUUAGACGAAGGCCGGAUUACAUGGCGACACGAUUCUGUUUUAAAUUUCCUCGCAUCCACUCUUACUGCUGUAAAAAAUUCCACACUUUAAGCGGACAUUCCUGGUUUUAUGAAUCCAUCUGUUAUCACGGGAGAUCGUUUACGACCUGACCUUCUGCUGGUGACUGAAAACAGAUGUUUAUACAUCCUCGAGCUUACAGUCGGUUAUGAAUCCAAUCUGCAAAUUAACGCCAAUCGUAAGCGUCAAAAGUACCGUGAUCUAAUCAAUGGGCAGAAAGCAGAUUAUGAUAAAGUCAAGUUCGUUAAUUUAUCCUUGAGUACCCUCGGAGUUUUUGGUCGAUCUUCUGAAAAUUUCGAUGGCAUGCUAAGUAGCCUUAAAUGUGAUGCCAAGUAUAGUAAAUACAUAAAAAAGCAAAUCGUGAACAUAUGCAUACGAACAUCAUAUUAUGUAUUUUGUAAACGAAACAAGGUGUGGGAUAACCCAAAAUUAAUGUUAAUAUAAUCCUUCUUAAAAUAAUUAUUGUACAAUAACUAUAUAGUUCAAUUCAAGUAGACAUUGAUAAACUACCUGUAAAGCGAGGUUUAUCAUUGUAGUUGUAUAUAUCCUAAUAAUCAAUAAAUGAAGUUUCCAUUAUUAUUAUUAUUAUUAUUAUUACGAUGUCGCGACAGCAGCGAUCGAAAUUAAAAUGGACAAAGCAAAUGAAUACAGAUCUGCUAGAAUGUAAGAAGAAAGGGAUGGAAUUCCAUAAAUCGGAAAACCAGCCAUGCCAUGUGAACGGCAGAAAGAAAAGCUAUAUACAAGUCAUGAAAGAUCUGUGGGACAAGAAAAGAUACGAACAUCUUGGAUUGAAGAGCCAAAACCUGCGAGAUCAAGCCGCUAGGCUUGAGAAAAUUAACUCUGCAGCUGAGACUCGUGCUAUCGGUAAGGUAAGCGGCGGAGCGGUUUUUCAAAUUUUUUAAAAAAAUAGUUUUUAAAAAAGUUUUAGGAAGUUUUAAAAGAGUUUUGAAAAGCAAGAAAAGUUUAAAAAGUUAGGUUUUUAAAAAAUUUAAAAAAAUUUAAACAGUUAAAAAAAUUAGGGUUAGGGGUUAGUGGUUAGGGGUUAGGGGUUAGGGGUUAGGGGCUAGGGUUAGGGGUUAGGGGUUAGUGGUUAGGGUUGGGGUUGGGGUUAGGGUUAGUGUUAGGUGCCGCGAAUUUAUUAUUAUGAUAAAUUCAAAAUUUGCCGCGAAUUUAUCAUAAUGAUAAAUUCGGACGUGUUUAAGAAUUUACUCAUAUAGUAAAUUGAAAGGUGGAGCUCAUGCUGUGAAUAUUAUUAUUAUUACAUCGAGCAGAGACACGUUUAUACGUGCUCUGUGCAUGUCAAUAUUUUCAUCGCUGAUUUCGUAUUUGAAUCACAGUAUUUCGUAAUAAUUCUUUCAUUAUGAUUUGUUCAAGCAUUAUUGCUAUGUGGUCAAGUCUUCGUCUCGCUUGGUCCACAUUCGUGGCGAUAUAAACAACGGAUUAAUCACGCUUAACAAGCCGAGACUACCCUAAUAUUACAUCGAGAGAAGUGCCUGUUAUGCAGUCACCUAAUGUUCCUUUACCAAGCCGCACUGUUGUUAAGUGUUGUUGUGGGAAGAUAUGCAAAGGUGGUCGUGUAAAAUGCAUCAGCGCAGUUGUCAGAUGAUACAUGACUUUAGCGACGAGCUGUCUGCUGAUCUUGAAGAGCGAAUAACAACGGAUAACACAGCAGAAAAUGAAAAUGACAAUUCUAUUAACGACAUUGAUAUGACUAAUGACGAAAGUUUUCCCGAAUUGAAACAAGGCAUAAAUUUACCUAAAAAUGACUCUGGGUGGAAACGGCUAAUUGCUGAUGCAGCGAGCUAGCCUAAAACGAGCGAGCAAGUCGGCAGUUUUAAUUCGUAUUGGGCUCUGAAAGUAAGAUUUUACUUCCCUUUCUCCGACCAGAAUGAACUGCUGUUAACCGAUCACAAUGCAUUGCUGUUAAUCGACCAGAAUGCUUUGCAUGCAUGAUGCUACAAAUACGGGGAAUCUCAUUAUAGUCAGUUUAUAUAAGCCGGUAACGAUGCAGUUCUUUUGGUGUAUUUUGUAUUCAUUGAUUUCUGGCUGGUAUUACACUAGAUAUACUGAAUUUAUUUAUUACAAACAAUUUAUAACGCUUAGAAAGCGAAUUUAUGCAUUUGUGCUCUUCGCCUUGUUUUCUUUUGUCUUUUCUUAUUUCAUUUAGCACUUAGCAGAAAACAACAUUGUAUUUGCACGCCUGAAAGCGUUUAUUUUGUAUUAAACUUAUUCAUUAGCGUAUCCAGUCCGACGAUUUAGUCCCGCUAUGCAAAUAUUCUCGUGUUCAUUGAGUGUGAAAACAAUCAAUUUCUAAAGAAAGAAAUAAUGAUAAUAAUUUUGAAUUUGCAUAGCGGGACUAAAUUGUCGGGCUGGGUACGCCACUGAACUUCAGUUAUUAUGUUUUAUUACUAGUAAAACAGUUUAUCGGCAAAAUGUAGUUUAGUUGAAUGAACAUUUCAAAACAUUUUACGAAGCGUUUCAAGUUAAAUUUUACCGAUUAAAUCAUAGCUCACAAAAUGCAAAAUAAAAUAGCUACACUAUACAUUUCGGAAAUUUAUUGUUGUAUAGUUAAAAGUACGGAUCUUUCAACUAUUUUUCAGUUUUGUACAAAAAAUAUGAAUAAAUUAUGAUAUAAGAAUAUCGUGUUGUCAUGGCAAGACAUGAGCGCGAGCCUGCGUGUACUUCAUGUUAAUUUAAUGUUUGGAAAAUAUUGGCUAGGGUUUACUGCAUGCAUGUAUUUCUAGUAAAUAAUUUGGUUGAACUACUAUAACGACAAUACUCAAUAGCCCACCGACAUACCGCAAGUAGUAUAGAUAUAUGUGAAUGUAUAGAUGUAUGUAUUUCUGCUUAAGCAUUUAAAAGUCUGUGCUUUAUCACAUAAAACACUCCAGCUGCGCUCUCGUAUUUUAUAUCUGACAAAACACUCCUGCCCGCGUUUUAAUCCCCGAGCCGACGGGGCGAAGCACCGUUCGAGGGUAGUAAUUCCGCCCGGCUAUUUACACCCGGGGUAAGGAACGCACUAGCGAAGUCUAAAGUACUCAUCUAUAUACAUGGAAGGCUGACUUCAGUUAUUGACGUAAUCAAAAAGUGAAGCCAAAGAUGGCGGAUUUUGAAGCCAUACUUGCGCGUCAUUCUCAGUCCCCUUCCGUGCGCGGCAAAAUAUUUUUUUAUAUUUUCAUGGCGGGAAGUGAUGGGUCCGCGACUCUCCUUCAUUUGAAAACAGAAAAAAGGAAAUUAACUUCAUUUAUUUCAU